GUGUCACGUGGUCUGUGGGCAGGUGCCGGGAGCACGUGCGGGGCUGUUGGGACCCAGGCGGGGUGGUUCAGCGUUCGGGUCGGCGGCGGGCCUCCGGUCGCUGUCCGCGUGCUCCUGGGGAGCUCGGAGAACCGCCUCCCGAGUGCUGGAGGCGUGCGCCAGCGCGACGGCUUUGGCCCCUUCCGUAAAGGCGGGAGGACCAGGCGUCUAAGGCCCGCUCCCGCUCCCGCUCCCAAGCGCUGUGGAGGCCAUCCUGUGCCACAGGUUGAGGCCGUUUCGCAGAACCCACCACGCUCCUAACACUAGGCAACUCUGAACCAGUGCAAUGGCAGUUAAGGAUAUCACCCUGUGGUCUUCUCAUGAGAAGAUGUUGACAGAGCCCCUCAAGGACAGUGAUGCUGAGGUUUACAGCAUUAUCAAAAAAGAGAGCAACCGGCAGAGGGUUGGAUUGGAGCUGAUUGCCUCAGAGAAUUUUGCCAGCAGAGCUGUGUUGGAGGCCCUGGGAUCUUGCUUAAAUAACAAAUACUCUGAGGGAUAUCCAGGCCAGAGGUAUUACGGUGGGACUGAGUUCAUUGAUGAGCUGGAGAUCCUGUGUCAGAAGCGUGCAUUGCAGGCCUACCACCUGGAUCCUCAGUGCUGGGGGGUCAACGUCCAGCCUUAUUCAGGCUCCCCUGCAAACUUUGCUGUGUACACCGCCCUGGUCGAGCCCCAUGGCCGAAUCAUGGGCUUGGACCUUCCAGAUGGAGGCCAUCUGACUCAUGGCUUCAUGACAGACAAGAAGAAAAUCUCUGCCACGUCUAUCUUCUUUGAAUCCAUGCCUUAUAAGGUGUACCCAGACACUGGCUACAUCAACUAUGACCGGUUGGAGGAGAACGCCAGCCUCUUUCACCCAAAGCUCAUCAUCGCAGGGACCAGCUGCUAUUCUCGGAACCUGGACUAUGCACGUUUGCGAAAGAUUGCUGAUGAAAAUGGGGCGUAUCUCAUGGCAGACAUGGCACACAUCAGUGGGCUGGUGGCAGCUGGUGUGGUGCCUUCCCCUUUUGAACACUGCCAUAUAGUGACCACCACAACCCACAAAACCCUGAGGGGCUGCCGUGCUGGUAUGAUAUUCUACAGAAAGGGUGUGCGCAGUGUGGAUCCCAAGACUGGCACAAAGAUUUAUUAUGAACUGGAGUCACUCAUCAACGCUGCUGUGUUCCCAGGCCUCCAGGGCGGUCCCCACAACCAUGCCAUUGCUGGUGUUGCAGUGGCCCUGAAACAAGCCAUGACUACAGAAUUCAAAAUCUACCAGCUCCAGGUGCUGGCCAACUGCAGGGCUCUGUCUGAGGCCCUCACAGAGCUAGGCUACAAAAUAGUCACAGGUGGCUCUGAUAACCAUUUGAUCCUAGUAGACCUCCGCUCAAAGGGGACUGAUGGUGGAAGGGCUGAGAAGGUACUGGAAGCCUGUUCUAUCGCCUGCAAUAAGAACACCUGCCCAGGUGACAAGAGUGCAUUGCGGCCCAGUGGACUGCGUCUGGGGACUCCAGCGUUGACAUCCCGUGGACUUUUGGAAGGAGAUUUCCGAAAAGUUGCACAGUUUAUCCACAGAGGCAUUGAGCUGACUCUGCAGAUUCAGGGUGAAAUGGCUGAGAGGGCCACCCUGAAGGAGUUCAAGGAGAAGCUGACAAGUGAUGAAAAGUACCAGAAUGCUUUGCAGAAACUCCGGGAAGAGGUGGAGACCUUCGCUUCCAACUUCUCGCUGCCUGGCCUGCCUGAUUUCUGACAGCGCAGCUUACAUUUGCCAAGAGGGUAGGACUGCUCUGGGACCCUGUGGAGUCUGCCCUCUUGAGACCACCAACCUGUCCCGAAGUGGACCACUGAGCUGCAUCAUGCUUUGGAGGGUGUUUCUGUCCAGUUUGCAUUUCAAAUAUUCUCGGACAGAUUAUUAAGGACUACAAAUUGAAACUUCAUUUCUCAAUAGCUGUAUAUAAUUCUGGAAAAAAGUACUAUGUAGCUAUUUGACCUCAUUCAUCCAGUGCAGGAUGAGGCAGAAUUCUCUUUUCUCUUUACUAAGUGGCAGGUGAGGGAAUGCUCAAGUUUUCCAUUCUUCCUACUGUGUCCCCCAGAAGACUGCCAGAGCAUCCCUGAGUGUUCUGCUCUGAGCUUGAGAUGGUACACUAGGGGAGUAUAUGUAUAAGCAGAAAUAGUAUUAGGGGCUGGAGAGACAACUCAGCACUUAAGAGCACUGGCUGCUCUUUCAGAGCAUUCUUGCCACAUGGUGGAUCACAACCACCUGCAACUCCAGUUGCAGAAGAUUUGACCCCUUCUUGUACUUUCUGAGGACAGCAUACACACAUGAAGUGCAGAUAUGCAUGCAGGCAAAAUAGCAAUACACAUAAAAUUUUCUUUUAAAGAAAAAAUGUCAGCAGGUUGAGGUUUUAAUAGAAGGGCUAGGGGUGUCACUUAGGUCAGUAUGUAUGAUGCCCUGGGUUCAUGCCUAGGGCACAAACACACUCCUAUAGAACUGGCUGUCUCCACAAAUUGGGAAUCCCUUCCUGGUAUGAGAAUCGGUGGAGGCCAAAGGCUUUGUGUUUCACCUGCCUAAUUUAACUAGAUCCUUUCUGUAAUUAGGGACCCAGAUGCCACCUUCCCGAAGAGUCUUUUAUUUUUCACAUUGCUGAAUUGCAAACCAUCAGUGACUUUAAUAUGGACAGUUUUUUACCCACAGAAUGUCUACAAGAAUUAUAGCUUUAAAAAAUACAACCAGUUUUUAUAUUUUAAAAAUAUCUGAACUCAAAUAAAUUAAUAUCUUAAAAAGUA